GAAACCCUACGGGGCAGUUCUUCUCUGUCCUAUAGGGUCACUAUGAGUCAAAAUUGACUUGGUAGCAGUGGAUGUGUUUGCGGUAGCCUAAAAGUAAUUUACUCUUGUUUGGGUAUCUGAACCUCUUUGGGAAUCUGAUUAAAGCAGAGGACUCUGUUCCCAGAAAACUCUACCUGUACUCAUACAUAUAGUCUUUAGCAUACAGCAUCGUGGCAUUUACAGGUCUUUUUGAAGCCUAUUCAUGGGGAUCCUUUAGAUAUAAAGGAUCUCAAGUUUUAAAACUUGCUCUAAACAGCUUGCUUAUAUCAUUUUUUAGAAAAACGUUGUAUGAAGACUCCUUCAAAAAUAUUUCACCAGUAUUUAUUAUAAUUUAGUUCAUAGAGAAGUAACUGCCGUAGCUGGUUAAGAGGAGGAAGUGAGGUCUAGUGGAAAGCUGAGCUCAGUCAAACGUCAGUGAGCUCUCCUCCAGCUUCACUACCAACUAGCUAUGUGACCUCUGGGGAAGUCACUUAACCUCUCAGACUGAUUUUCUAUGUGAUUUCAGCAGUCACUGCAAGCAGGUUUAUGAGCAGUUUCAUGAUAUCAUGGUAAAAUUCUUCAUCAGUUUGGGUUUGGCUCUGCUGCUGAUUUUUGGAGAAAAUGCCCUGGAGAUAAGGUGUAUGCCCAAGCUGCUGACUUUUUAGUGGGUAUGAGUUUUCACAAGAGUUUAUGCUGUAUAACUAGAAGUUAAAAUCCCAAUCUCAUCCUACUUGCUUUGGGUUUCAGUAUAUUUUGUAUAUUCUAGGUACAGACCUUUUUUGUUAUAUGUGUCAAAGUUAUUCUCCAGUUCUGUGGCUGGCUUUGUCAGUCUUUUAACGGUGGGGUUUUUUUUGUUUGUUUUUGUUUUUGAUGAACAGAAGUUCUUAAUUUUAAUUUAGUCUAAUUUAUCAGUCUUUCCCUUUUCAUUAUAUUUUAAAACAGUAAUAUUUUACUUCCUAAUCAACAGUUUGGAUAAAAACAGUUUUAGAAAGCCAUUCAUUUAACAAAUAAUACUGUGGGAGAUUGAUGCAUAAGAAAUUAUCCCCAGCCUGAAAGAGCUAACAAGAAAGGCCUAAUAGGGAGAUAAGCCUGGAACAGACAGUUUAAAUGUCCAUUCAGUCAAUUCACUCAUUUAACAAACAUUUAUUGAGCAUUUACUCUGUGCCUGGCACUGUUCUAGGCAUCUUUUAAGUGGUACAGAGUCCUGUAGGUAUCUGUAAUCCACCUUUUAAUAACCACAUAAUUCUACAGAUUGUUGGAUGAUUUUUCCUUUGGUCGGGAGUCCUUCUAACCUUGAUAAUUAAAAUUGUCAUUUAUAUGGGCCUGAGAACGUUAAAAAGGACUGCUGCUAAAGAAAAAACAGGGUAGAAGAGCAAAUUGAAUUUCUUUCAGAAAUGAAUGUUAACUGCGUGAACUGGAUCUCUUUUAAAUUAUUUUACUAUGUGCUUGAUAUGACUAUACAUGAUAAAAGAACGUUUUAUGAUCUGGGUAACAUGGAGAUCUUUUGAAAUAUCCCCAGGGGAAAUGAGGCACUAUUGGAGUAGCAUCAGUCAACAAACGUAUUGUUUAAGGCAUACAGAAGACUGCUCUCAGACUACUUCAGGGGGCUAGAGAGCUGAAGGAGAGCAAGUUUCCCCAAAAUUGGACUCCUCAGAACCUUUAAUAUGCUAAUAUGCAUUGUGAAUCUCCAAGAGGGGGAUAUGAUAUGCAGCAUUCUUGAAUACUUCUAAUGACAGGGAGCCCACUACCUCAUAAGCUGCAGUGAGAAGAGGAGUUUGUUAUUUUAAACAGAGGCUGAAGAAACUAUAGAAUUAACAUAGACAUAAGAGAAAGUGGAGAAGGUAGAGGAUGGAGUUGCAGACUCUGCAGGAGGCUCUUAAAGUGGAAAUUCAGGUUCACCAGAAACUGGUUGCUCAAAUGAAGCAGGAUCCACAGAAUGCUGAUUUAAAGAAACAGCUUCAUGAACUCCAAGCCAAAAUCACAGCUUUGAGUGAGAAACAGAAAAGAGUAGUUGAACAGCUACGGAAGAACCUGAUAGUUAAGCAAGAACAACCAGACAAGUUCCAAAUACAGCCAUUGCCACAAUCUGAAAACAAACUGCAAACAGCACAGCAGCAACCACUACAGCAACUGCAGCAACAACAGCAGUACCACCACCACCAUGCGCAGCAGUCAGCUGCACCCUCUCCCAACUUGACUGCUUCACAGAAGACUGUAACUACAGCUUCUAUGAUUACCACAAAGACACUACCUCUCGUCUUGAAAGCAGCAACUGCGACCAUGCCUGCCUCUGUUGUGGGCCAGAGACCUACCAUUGCUAUGGUGACCGCCAUCAACAGUCAGAAGGCUGUGCUCAGCACUGAUGUGCAGAACACACCAGUCAACCUCCAGACGUCUAGUAAGGUCACUGGGCCUGGGGCAGAGGCUGUCCAAAUUGUGGCAAAAAACACAGUCACUCUGCAGGUUCAGGCAACACCUCCUCAGCCCAUCAAAGUACCACAGUUUAUUCCCCCUCCCAGACUCACUCCACGUCCAAACUUUCUUCCACAGGUUCGACCAAAGCCUGUGGCCCAGAAUAACAUUCCCAUUGCCCCAGCACCUCCUCCCAUGCUUGCAGCUCCUCAGCUUAUCCAGAGGCCUGUCAUGCUGACCAAGUUCACCCCUACAACCCUCCCCACAUCCCAGAAUUCCAUCCACCCCGUCCGUGUCGUCAAUGGACAGACUGCAACCAUAGCCAAAACGUUCCCCAUGGCCCAGCUCACCAGCAUUGUGAUAGCUACUCCAGGGACCAGACUCGCUGGACCUCAAACUGUACAGCUUAGUAAGCCAAGCCUUGAAAAACAGACAAUUAAAUCCCACACAGAAACAGAUGAGAAGCAAACAGAGAGCCGUACCAUCACCCCACCUGCUGCACCCAAACCAAAACGGGAAGAAAACCCUCAGAAACUUGCCUUCAUGGUGUCUCUAGGGUUGGUAACACAUGACCAUCUAGAAGAAAUCCAAAGCAAGAGGCAAGAACGAAAAAGAAGAACGACAGCAAAUCCUGUAUACAGUGGAGCAGUCUUUGAGCCAGAGCGUAAGAAGAGUGCAGUCACAUACCUGAACAGCACAAUGCAUCCUGGGACCCGGAAGAGAGGUCGUCCUCCAAAAUACAAUGCAGUGCUGGGGUUUGGAGCCCUUACCCCAACAUCCCCCCCAUCCAGUCAUCCUGACUCCCCUGAAAAUGAAAAGACAGAGACCACAUUCACUUUCCCUGCAUCUGUUCAGCCUGUGUCCCUGCCCAGCCCCACCUCCACAGACGGUGAUAUCCAUGAGGAUUUUUGCAGCGUUUGCAGAAAAAGUGGCCAGUUGCUGAUGUGUGACACAUGUUCCCGUGUGUAUCACCUGGACUGCUUAGACCCUCCUCUGAAAACAAUUCCCAAGGGCAUGUGGAUCUGUCCCAGAUGUCAGGACCAGAUGCUGAAGAAAGAAGAAGCAAUUCCAUGGCCUGGAACUUUAGCAAUUGUUCAUUCCUAUAUUGCCUACAAAGCAGCAAAAGAAGAAGAGAAACAGAAGUUACUUAAAUGGAGUUCAGAUUUAAAACAAGAACGAGAACAACUAGAGCAGAAGGUGAAACAGCUCAGCAGUUCUAUAAGUAAAUGCAUGGAAAUGAAGAAUACCAUCCUAGCCCGGCAGAAGGAAAUGCACAGCUCCCUGGAGAAGGUAAAACAGCUGAUCCGCCUCAUCCAUGGCAUCGACCUCUCCAAACCUGUAGACUCUGAGGUCUCUGUGGGGGCCAUCUCCAAUGGCCCGGACUGCACCCCCCCUGCCAACGCCGCCACCUCCACGCCGGCCCCCUCCCCCGCCUCCCAGAGCUGCACAGCGAACUGUAACCAGGGGGAAGAGACUAAAUAACAGAGCCCCGCUAGGAGAAGCCACGGGAUCCCGGCAGCAAGGAGCAGCAAAAUACUGAAGCCUCUAGAGAAGCAAAGCCGGAUUUCUUCUGGAAAGUACAGAAUUCUUUUGGUUCUUUGGUUCCAGAGAGAGAGAAGAUGCUUGUGCCAGGUGGCACCAGAGUUUGCCAAUUGAUCCUUCUUAUUCUGUGUGUACAUGCAAAGAUUGGACCAUGUUACAUGAAAUAGUGCCAGCUGGAGGUUCUUUGCCAGCACCAUGCCAAGUGAAAUAAUAUAUUUACUCUCUCUAUUAUACACCAGUGUGUGCCUGCAACAGCCUCCACAGCCACGAUGGGUUUGUUUUUGUUUUGUUGGGUGGGGAGCAGGGAUGGGCGGAGGGAGGAGAGCAGGUUUCAGAUCCUUAUUUGCUGAGCCGUUUGUUUAGGUAGAGAAGACAAGUCCAAAGAGUGUGUGGGCUUUCCUGUUUCUAAACGUUCACUACUAUAAAACCAAAAAAAAGGAAAUUGAGAUUUAACCAAUCCCAGUGCCCAGAAGAGGUAUGGGAAGGGGACGGGGGGGACAAGGGGUAGGGAAAGUAUAUCAGAUAAGCAGUAUUUAAUAUUAUCUGGAGUGGGGCAUAGUGCAAGGGGAGAUGUACCCCAAGAAUAGCCACUAGGUCUUCUCCCAGAGCAUGCCGCUCCCCACCACGGGUGCCCCCGACUCCCGAAGCCUGAAGCCUCGCGCUCGCCCGCCCCUUCCCUCCUUCGGUGGAGUGGCGAGCAUCCCUGUGGACGACCCGGUCACCUUCCCUCUCCAAGAACAAGCAGAGCGGGCCGCCACUGCCCUCGCUCGAGGCAGGGAAGGAGGGUGUGUGCCUCGAGGAAGGAAGAAAGGUGGAUCAGUGAUUUUACUUGAAAACAAGCUCCAUCCCUUUUCUAUAUUUAUAACAAGAGAAGAUCCCGAGUGAAGCAGCACGCGACCCAGGUGUGUGUGAAUUGAAUGGAGACAUUUUUUUUUUUCCCCUCUUAAUUUUUGUUUUUGUUCAUUUUCUUCUUUAAACAAAGUUUUAUUUUGUUGUUUAUUUUACUUUUUUGGUAACAAAAACUAAACUAAGGAAUAGAAAAGCUGUUUUUCAGGCUGACAGUCCAGUUAAGGGUAGUUGAGACCUUGCAUGGUAGAAUAGGAAUCCUAGUGUCAGUGAGGUCCAGUGAGUCUUUGUGAGUCCUUGUGUCAUCGUUUGGGGCACUGUUUUUUUAUGCAAGGGCAAAAAUCUUUGUAUCUGGGGAAAAAAAAAAAAAGAACAACUUUUUUUUUAAAUUAAAGAGGAAAAUAAAAGAUAUUGAGGUCUUCCUAGUGUUACUUAAAUUAAGAUCAAGGUAAGAAACAUUGUAAAAAAAAUUACAAAAGUGCUAUUUGUUUCCUAAAAACAGUGAUUUCUAUUAAAAAGGUGUCAGAACUGGAGAAAA